CCCCCUCGCCCGUGCGCUUUGACAACCUUUGGAGCGGCGCUCGCCAGGCCCGCGCGGUUGUUCCGUGAGGGGGCAGAAGAUGCCUGCCGAAAAACCUCAGCCAGAAGGAGGGAAUCAUGUUUCUGUUGGGAGUGAUUCAGGUAAUAUGGAACUAACGGAAGCCGAACAAAGAGGCGCUUUGCCUCCUAGUGAAGGUCACAUGGGAGACCAUCUAGAAGCUCUUGCCUUGGAAAGCAAGCUACCUGCAGUAGCAGGUGCGUCUUCUGGAGCACUGAGAAAGGGACCGCUGCUGCACAUCGACAGGCAGCAAAUCCAGUCUGUGGCACGUGGUGCUCAGGCAGAUGAACUCAGAGACCUGGAAGUUGAUGUGUAUGACCAGGAUGUAUUGGAACAAGGAGUUCUUCAGCAGGUAGACAAUGCAAUAAAUGAAGCAAACAAGGCGGUGCAAAUUGCUGAUGCAGAAAAAGAAUACCAGUCUGUACUGGAUGACUUGAGGUCAUGUACAACAUCCUUGAAACAAAUCGCUACAAUUAUUGAGCAGUUUACUCCACAAGCUGCCACUAAUAAAGAUAUUAACAGAAAACUAGAUUCUGUGAAGCGGCAAAAAUACAACAAGGAGCAGCAGUUGAAAAAAAUCAAAGCAAAGCAAAGACGCCUUCAAAUAAUUCUUGGAGAAGAAAUUUCUGGUGAAAUAGAUGGUGUUGACUUUGAGGAAGAUGUCGAACCUGGUCCCUCAUCCCUUGGGAGCAUGCUUAUGCCAGCCCAGGAAACUGAAUGGGAGAACCUCAUCCGAACUGGUCAGAUGACUCCAUUUGGAACAAAGAUACUCCAGAGCCAAGAGAAGAAGCCCCGUCGGAUAAUGUUAGAUGAAGGAGCUGGUUUUGAAAAAUACUUGGCGGAUCAAGCAAAACUCUCAUUUGAAAGGAAGAGGCCUUCAGUUCGUAAGGGGACUAAGAAGAAAGCUCCUUCGCAGAAAAAUCUGAUCAAAACUCCAGCAUGUCCCAUAAAAGGCAAAGGAACCAUGAGUAAAAGCCAGCCCAAAACAGACAGCCGUUUGAAGAAGCACAUGAGAAAGCUUCAGAACCACGUUCUUAAGAUUCAGGCCAAGGCCAGACUUCCUAAGGGCAAUGGGAUACAGGGAGAGGAGCAACAGGAGGACAGUGAGGAGUCGGAAUACAGGCCUGAUGAAGAAGAGCUCGGUAGUCUGGAUGGGGAAGAUGAUUUUUUUCAAGAAGAUGAUGGUGAUGAUUAUGAAGUGAAACCUCUGCCAAGGAGAAAGAGAUUUUCAUUAACACACGAAUUUCAAGAAGAUGUUGGGGAUGAUGACUUUUUCCCAAGCUCUGAUGAGGAGGAGGAGGAUAUUGCUGGGAAAAGGAGAAUUAAAAAAUGUAGAGAUGACGGCAAUGAAGAUUACUAUAAACAAAGGUUAAGGAGGUGGCACAAGCAACAACUGAAAGACAGAGAGGAGCGGCAGAAGGCGGGGGAAGAUUCGGAUGAUAGCGAUGCUGAAUUUGCUGAGGGUUUUAGAGUUCCAGGUUUCCUUUUCAAAAAACUUUUCAAGUACCAGCAGACAGGUGUUGGGUGGCUCUGGGAAUUGCACUGCCAGCAGGUGGGAGGAAUUCUGGGAGACGAGAUGGGAUUGGGCAAGACCAUCCAGAUAAUUGCUUUCUUGGCAGGUCUGAGCUACAGCAAGAUCAGGACGCGUGGUUCAAAUUACAGGUUUCAAGGGCUGGGUCCAACAGUGAUUGUGUGCCCAACCACAGUGAUGCAUCAGUGGGUGAAGGAGUUUCAUACUUGGUGGCCUCCGUUUAGAGUUGCAGUUCUACACGACACGGGCUCUUACACCAAUAAAAAGGUAAAACUGAUUCAGGAAAUUGUAGCAUGUAGUGGCAUUCUGAUAACCUCCUACUCUUACAUUCGCAUGCUGCAAGAUAACAUCCAUGGUUACGGUUGGCAUUAUGUGAUUCUAGAUGAGGGACAUAAAAUUCGGAAUCCAAAUGCUGCAGUCACGGUUGCUUGCAAACAGUUCUGCACUCCUCAUCGAAUCAUCUUGUCUGGAUCACCUAUGCAAAACAACCUAAAAGAGUUGUGGUCCCUCUUUGACUUCGUGUUUCCAGGAAAACUAGGAACACUUCCUGUCUUCAUGGAGCAAUUUUCUGUUCCAAUAACCAUGGGAGGCUAUUCCAAUGCCUCUCCAGUUCAGGUAAAAACAGCAUAUAAGUGUGCUUGCAUUUUACGGGACACAAUUAAUCCCUAUCUGUUGCGGAGAAUGAAGGCGGAUGUUAAAAUGAGCCUGUCACUACCGGAUAAAAAUGAGCAGGUACUGUUUUGCCGUUUGACAGAUGAGCAGCACCAGGUAUACAAAACGUUUAUUGAUUCCAAAGAGGUUUAUCAGAUUCUCAACGGAGACAUGCAGGUUUUCUCCGGAUUGGUGGCCCUGAGAAAGAUCUGCAACCACCCAGACCUCUUUUCCGGUGGUCCUAAAAUUUUGAAGGGUGUCCCUGAUGAAGAAUUGAAUGAAGAAGACCAUUUUGGAUUCUGGAAGCGUUCUGGGAAAAUGAUAGUUGUAGAGUCUCUGCUGAAAAUAUGGCACAAACAAGGCCACAGAGUACUUCUCUUUAGUCAGUCUCGGCAGAUGCUGCACAUUCUUGAAGCGUUUCUAAAGCAGAGAAGCUAUUCCUAUCUCAAGAUGGAUGGCACCACAACAGUGGCAUCAAGGCAACCCCUUAUUGCAAGAUUUAAUGAGGAUGAAUCCUUAUUUGUAUUCCUACUUACCACUCGAGUCGGUGGGCUUGGUAUUAACUUGACGGGUGCAGACAGAGUGAUUAUUUAUGACCCUGACUGGAAUCCCAGCACAGACACUCAGGCUCGUGAACGUGCUUGGAGAAUAGGCCAAAUGAAAGAAGUAACCGUGUACAGACUUCUUACUGCUGGUACUAUCGAAGAAAAGAUUUACCACAGACAAAUCUUCAAACAGUUUCUAACAAAUAGAGUGUUGAAGGAUCCGAAGCAGAGGCGUUUCUUCAAAUCAAACGACCUGUAUGAACUCUUUACGUUGAGCAGCCCAGAUGGGACACAAGGGACCGAAACCAGCGCUAUAUUUGCAGGCACUGGCUCUGAUGUUCCAACACCCAGAUGGCAGUUAAAGCGUAAAGCUGUGAACUUACCUGAUGCUUCUGAGCGACGGCACCGCCUUGCAGGACGUACAUCACCCACAAGCACCAGGCUGCCAGAUUCCUUCUCGGAAAGACAGCGUGUAAGUUCACCUACUACAGCAACAGAACCAGAUGAAACAGUCAAGCACAGCACAGAAGUGUCUCCUCAGAUUCGCAGUCCUCCCAAAAGCGAUGCUCAGGUGACUGCAGCUGCCCCUACAGAUCCAUUAAGUGGAGUGGAAGAGAAACCUUUAGGAUCAGGUGAUGAGGGAUCACUAUCCAGAGCGCAGCUGGAGAAGAAAGAAGCGCCCGAGAACACGGGAUGUUUGGAUUCCUUUCCAGUUGGUGAUACGAGCGUAUUUGGUGAAAGUCGGCGUGAUCUCAUACAUGAGAAAAAUAGUCAUUGCCAGGCGCGGGAUGGGAAUGAGGAACCGGAGAAUAAUUGCAGCAAGCACACCUCAAAAACGAAACAUCACAAACACAGGCCACAGAAGCGGAAACGGUCUCGGGAUGCCAGAUUUGAGGGUCAGCGGAUUCCUCACCUUGUGAAGCAGAGAAAGUACCGAAAGGGGGACAGCGAGGAAGAGAAGCAUCCCAAGAAAGUUGAGGAUUAUGUUUUGGAGAAGCUUUUCAAAAAAUCAGGAAUACACAGUGUAAUGAAGCAUGAUGCCAUUAUGGAAGCCUCCAGUCCAGAUUAUGUGCUGGUGGAAGCAGAAGCCAAUCGUGUUGCUCAGGAUGCCCUCAGAGUGCUGAAGAUCUCUCGGCAGCGAUACCAGGGAGCUGCUUCUGCUGGUUUUCCAGCAAGAACAAAAAGCAGAUUUGGUCAGAAGAGGAACCCAACCUUGGUGACCGAGUCUACCUCCUCUCCAUCUCCAGGAAAGAAAUGCAAGGAUCUUGACAAAAGGAGAGAAGAGAAUAAAAGCAAAAAUAUUUCUACCGCUCACUUUGAUGGAAGGGUGGAAGCAGGAGAGUCUUCUUCAAAUACCAUGGACUCAUCAUCUCUGCUAGCUAAAAUGAGGGAAAGAAACCAUCUGAUUGUACCCCAGAGAACUGACAGUCAAACGGAGGAGAAUCUCCAGCAGGGAGCAGCUGCGCCCUCUGUAGCUGCAGAACAUCACGAAUUACUGAUGGACGUCCGAAACUUCUUGGCUUUCCAGGCCCGGGUGCCUGGUCAAGCCAGCACUCAGGAAAUACUGCAGGAGUUCGAAUCAAAACUGACUGUGGAACAGUCCUCGGUCUUCCGAGAGCUCCUGAGAAACCUCUGCACUUUUUAUAGGAGGCCAAGCGGGGAAGGACUCUGGAACUUAAAACCAGAGUUUACCUGACAUAUUAUUGCCAGAUGCGUGCUCUCCAUCCGAUGCUUUUUUAAGUCAGCUUUUAAAGUAUGCUGCGCUCAUCAUAUGUAGUGACCUGGUUGUUGGUGCCUGGUGCUCUGCUUAAAUACCUUUAUAUACUGUUUCACACACGAAGUGCCGUCUACCUCGAAAUGCAGCACUAGCAGCCAAGUGUUGUUGUUGUUGUUUUUUUUGCAAAAGAACACGACUGGGACUCAAAAUACUUGAUUUAUAACUGGAUUUCCAUUCCGCUUUCUGAUAACCUACGCCAUAAAAAUCAGAAAGCACAAGCUCUUGGUCCGAAUGUGUAUUGCACCAUGUGAUGACAUCUUAGGUGGGUACCGGGCGCACGUAAUCACAGUGAUUAACAAUAUUAAGAAUAAUUGCAUUUGAUCCUGAGAUAUAUAUGCACUGUAUAUUCUUAGGAAGUGAUCUGUAUAGGGUAACUUUUUCUACUGCCGGAUUUUAACUCGUCUGGAUCUGGGACUCAACAUCCUAUUUGGGUGUUAGCAAUGACGGAGGGGCAGGUCUCCCUCUAUAUCAGAAGUUCUCACACACUCGGUAAGGGGUUUCUUGGUGUUACUCGUUCGACUGCCUAUCUUGCUGCAUUGAAUGGAAACCAUAGGCUUGGCUAGAGAGAAAUCAUGAUUCUCUCUUUGGUUACUAAAUGAAUAUGAUUGAGACAAGCUUGUACAGGGUGCCUCAUCCAACACCACCUUUUUCUUUUGGGGAGGGGUAUGGUUCUAUUGGGAACUUGGGCAUUUGUUACUCCAAGAUUUAUGGGCAGGUGAUUAUUAUCUAAAGUGCAACCUGAAGCACAGUACGCCAGAAAAUGUUUUUUUUUUUAAAAAAAAGGUUUAGUGAUUUAUUGUUUGCCCUGCUAUAAGGCAACCUUAGUAACUGACGAUCUUUAUCAAUUCCUUUGAGUAAAGAAUGGACAUGAUUCCUGGUUUUGGUGGCAAUGUAUGUGGUCAGUCUGGUAUUAUUACUCUCUCAGUUGCAGAAUUCUGGCAAUAAGAGAAAUAAACCACGGAAGAUCUAGAGACAAGAACAUUGACAAUUCAUGUUGUUGAGAUUUUUGUGCUUAGCGGUACUCGGUUCAUUGAAAUAUGUCAAUAUUGGGUUUUGUAUGCAGAAAAACAAAAUACCAAAAAUAUUUUGUGUGCCAAAAAUAUCAAGAUCUACCAUAUACUCCACUAACACUGAAGCAGUAGGUAACAAUAAGCACUUCUACAAUCAUGUAGCUCUUUACUUACAACUUUUGAUAAAAUAAGUUGCACCUACAACAAAUAAAUCUACUUUAUAGGUCA